UACGAUACGGGGGGACGUGGGGCGCGGAAAAGAUCUCACCACCUCCCUCGCCGCUCGGUCGUCCUUAAAUACGCGCCCCGGCGAGGAGAAGCACACCACGCUGCCUCGCCGUCGUCCGUCGUCGAUCUCGUCUCUCCCGGCUGCAAGUCUAGAAGAGCGCGCGACGCAACCCCACCUCACCCUUACGUGCGAGCGAGCGAGCGAGAGAGAGAGAGCUAGAGAGAGAGAGAGAGAGAGAGAGAGAGCUGGCCCGUGUGCUGAAGUUGGCGGAGAUGUGUGGCGCCACGGCGAGGUGCGCGCUGUGCGGCGCGCCGGCGGACGUGCACUGCGCGGCCGACGCGGCGUUCCUCUGCGCGCCCUGCGACGCCAGGGUCCACGGCGCCAACUUCCUCGCCUCGCGCCACCGCCGCACGCGCCUCGCUGCGUCUAAGGAGGACGAGGAGGAGCAGGAGGCCCUGUCCGGGAUGACGACGUCGAGCUCCUGCGUGUCCACCGCCGACUCCGCCACGACGACGACUCCGGCGCCAGUGGGGCGGAGGGGGAGGCCGCCGGCGGCUAAGAGACCCCGCGCGCGGGGCGAGGAGGUGCUCGAGGGGUGGGCCAAGAAGAUGGGCCUUCCGGCGGGGGUGGCGCGCAGGCGCGCCGCGGCGGCCGCGCGCACGCUCCGGGCCGUGGCCGCGGCGCCGAGGAGGGUGCCGCUGCGCGUCGCCAUGGCGGCCGCGCUGUGCCUGGAGGUGAUGGCGGCUCACGUGGGCGGCGCCUACGAGGCCGGCGACGCGCUCCGGCGGCUGGAGGCGUGCGCGCACGUGCCGGCCAGGAUCCUCGUGGAGGUGGCUUCGUCCAUGGGCCGCGCGCGCGCCAGCAGACCGGCCGCCGCCGUGGACGCCGAGGAGGGCUGGGGCGAGUGCCCGUGAUCCAACACACGAUCUUCUCCAACAACACAUGACCCGUGACUCUCAUGAGAAGGCGGCUAAUUAAGCUUUCUUGUUCGUUAAUUUGGUAGUAGUAGUAGUAUAUUUCUAGAGAGUUGAGUAAAAGUUGAUCAAAUCUCGUUGUUAGUUAGAAGGAUAGUACUAGUAGUACGAUGUAAUCCAAAUGGAUGGUGUCAGCCAUGGCAGUAAAGUGGAUCACAUGUUGCUCAGUA